GUCAGAACAGAAGUAGAGAAGCAGUAACACUUUCUGUAGCUUGAGUUUCCACUUUCUUUUGUGCCAUUUCAUUUCUUAUUGAACCACAUUAAGACACACCAAAGACACCUCUCUGAGGAACAAUAAAAUGGGUGACACAACUAACAAAGACAAGGCUCCUGAAGGCCCAUCAUUUACUGUGCACGGGAUGAGUAAAGCACAGAAGCGCUCUCCCGAGGUGUCCAGCUCAGGCGAUUCAGACGACGAGGGAUGGACUUACAGUUCUCCCAUGAAAAAACUGAGGACCUCACCGUCCUCCCCCACAGAUUCUCUGAACAGAAACAUGUUCAUGCCUUCAACUGGAAACUCAGAAUCCAAGUCAGCUGCACUAUUUUACAGGCAGUCAGCUGUGUCCCACCUCACAGACAAGACAGGUCAAAUGCAAAGAACAUGUGUUCUGCGUCCUGCGACCCUUCAAGCUCCUGUGGCAAAUUGGUAUACGAAGGACAGAUGUGAGGGCAAAGAUGAGACGCAACUCUCGGGCAGGUCAACGAGAGAGAGUUUGAGACAUCCAUCAGAAUCAGACAGAAACUUGACUGAAGAAGUUGAGGCUGAGGCGCGAGUGAGAGAAGACAACGUUCCUAAACAUUUUGUGUUUGGCCAGAACACCGAAGAGAGAGGAAAGGCUGAAAACUACAGACAAGAAAACGCAGUUGGUCAAACUUCACAAUCCCAAUCAGAGUGCUCCAACUACUUUUUGCAGUACAUCUGUGGCCAGGAUUCAGGAAAAGUCACUUCAACCGGCGAUGCCAACUUGAUUUUUGGGCAAAACGUGUUGGCUCCGCAAGUAGGGCCUGUUGCUGAGGCUGCAGCUGCCAUCUGCUCAGAAGGGUGGACCACUGUGCCAGUGUCUCUGGAGGAGGCCGCAGCAGCGUACACCAGAGCCGCAGACAAGAAGUGCAUCCUGGAGAAGGUAGACAUCAGAACUGGAGAGGAGUCGGAGCGCAACGUUUUACAGAUCAAGUGCAAGCUGUACAUUUUUGAGAAGACAGCUCAGUCAUGGAAAGAUCGAGGUCAAGGACUACUGAGGCUCAACGACAUGAUUUCUCCAAGCCAAGGCACUCAGUCCCGCCUGGUGAUGAGGACAGACGGGAGUCUGCGGUUGCUUCUCAAUACCAAACUCUGGUCCCAGAUGCAGGUGAAGAAAGCCAGCCAGAAAAGUGUGUGGAUAACAGCCAUGGACACUGAGGACAAUGCAGUGAAGGUGUUCCUGAUAUCAGGCAGCUCCAGGGACAUCGAUCAGCUGGUGGUGGCAUUAGACCACCGGAUUAUGGCUCUUCACAGCAGGGGGGAUCAAACCCCUGUCUCAGCAACAGCAGCUGUCCUUGAAGAAGCUCCUUCCACGUCAUCCUCCGCUAAACACAUUUCAGAGGCGGGAGACAAGCAGUAGUCCGACAGAGAAUGGCUGGUUCCACUUCAGAACUGGUUCAAAAUUGUCCAAUUCUCUGGAAUUGUUAAGAAAUGUUAAUGUCUUACUGCCGUCACUGCACGUCCACGGAGGAGUCUCUGCUGUUGGCUGCAGCUUAUCACAGUUAUGAAGCGUUGAUAAGGCUUUGUUAUGUUUGCAGAGACGAUGAAGCUUCAGGGCGACUGAACCCCUUCGACAUCAUGGUAUAAUGAUGAAAGAGUGUCCCGUGUUGGAUCAGUGACAGUGGACAACACUGAGCUAACAGCUGUGUUGACAGUUAGCAUGGCGCAGAAACUGAUUCGUUUUUAAUAAUGUCACACAAGCCUGAGUUGCGCUGCUACUGUGCUACGAAAUACAACACCGGACGCUUCAAUUUUAACUUUUAAGUUGUCAAAGUUUUGCCCUUAAAAUAAGCAUUUCCUCAUUGAAAAAAACUGUAAAUAAAGAAGACAUAUAAUAGAGGAAAAUAAGAGGUAGAACGCAGAGAUGGAAGAAGAUGCUCUCACUUCAGCACCUGAGGAACUACCAUCUCAGAGAUGUGAGUUGUGACCAUAUUACAUUAGUUUUGUGUGGCCCUCUUUAGAGAAGACAUUACUGCUCAAGAGGAAACAUGUGGAGGCUGGUGUGGCCUUUGCUAGAGGUCAUCUGAAGCUAGAUGCCAGACAAAGGAGCCUCCAAAUGUUUCUUCUUGAGGAGACCUCCUAUGUGCAGGACUUGUUUGAUGGUAGGUGUCCAGGGGUUGUUAAUGACCUCUCGACAGAUUUUCCUGGCAAGUCAGGGGGGCACCUUAUGCUUCCU